AUGCACUCUUGUAUUUUAACUAAUAAUAAUAUUGUUAAUUCAAUAUCAACAGUUGGUAUAACAUUGGAUAAUGGUAGAUCAAUAGUAUGGAGUGACUAUUUAGCAAUCAAUUAUCAAUUGUUGUGGUGGAAUACUACAACGUUGGACAAGCAAAACGAAUAUAUCAGAGGGUUGGGAAUAGAGACGGUUCGUGUUGACGUACAUUGGGAUCAGUUUGAACCUACCCAAGGUAAUCGUCUGUACAGUCAAUAUGACCCACUCUUUGCAAAGUUAAAGGGGUUCAAGAGUUUGGUCAACCUCGUUGGUACACCGAGAUGGGCUAGUUCGUACAACCAGUCUGUCGAUGGCCAAUGGAUUGAUACCUACCCACCCGCCAACGACACGGUCUAUGCUGAUCGUCUCAUGGGUCUAGCCAUCCGAUACCCUUGGGUCACUCAUUGGGAGGUAUGGAACGAGAUGAAUCUCAUCCCAUACUUUUGGGCACCACAUUAUAACCCCUCUCGCUAUAAUCAACUCUUUCAAGCUUGUGUAUCGUAUUUUGAUCAAUAUGGUCCAAUGAACAGCGAGCCAAUCAAUUCGUCAUCGUUGGCAGUUGGAGGAUUUGGAUACUUUAGUGCAAGUAGUGAGAACCCAUCAUCACUCAUGAUCAACGACCUAUUUCCAAUGGGAACCUUUUCAAACAAGGUGAUUAGUUACCACCCAUACACCAAUACGCCAGAAGGUGACUUUGGUCAGACUCCAGGUGACCCCUACGCCUUUCUCGCCACCUCUCAGUACAUUAACCUCAAUCUAAAGAUUGCAACACCCGCCCAAAACCGUCCAAGUGAGGUAUGGGCAUCGGAAUGGGGAUGGUCGUCUUUUGCGUCGGGCGGCUUUAACCAAUCGAUCCAGUCAACCUAUACUAUCCGUCGUCUCCUUCUCGACACUCUUGCCAAUUUCAACAAAACCUUUAUCUUUGCCAUCUCGGAUCUCGAUGCUCGUGCCUCCUCUGAACGUGAUCAAUUCUAUGGUCUCAUCAAUCUUCAACUCGAAAAGAAACAAGUCUAUGUAGAUUUGGAAAGAUUAUUUAAUAUUACUGGUCCAGUUCUUUAUUCUGCUGGUGAUAUAACUAAAAUUCUCACCAUCAAUAAUAAUAAUAACCAAUUGCCAUCGGAUCUAGUCACAAUCGUCUAUAAAAAUGCAAAUAAUCAAACUCUUGUUGCAUUGUGGUUAUCAAGAAAUGAAACCAAUUCACCAGUCAACAUUACCAUCACUUUUGUUGAAACCAAUGUUUCAGGUGUCUAUCGUACCAUUGUUGGUCAACAUACCAAUACAUUAAUGUCUGGUCAUUCUAUUACAUUACCAGUUACAAGUGAUGUUGCCAUAUUUUCAUAUCCAGAUCAAAUCAACGAUAAUUCUUCAGAUGUUCCAUCAAUUGCUAUCAAAAAUCUUCAUCAACCAUUAUUAUUAUUAUUAUUAUUAUUAUUAUUUAUUUCAACCAUACUCUUCUUUUAA